CCAUAUAAGGAAAUUGCUAUGACGACAAGUAAAGAUAACCAAUAGAAAUUAGUCGGCUUUUUAACACGUGGUUUGUAUCGGCCAAUCAAAAGUCGACAAUUUGAACGUAUUGGAUUUCUUUGUCCAAGAAGAGGCUCAACUGAAUUUUACUACACGAAAAUUUUUUUUUACUAUGCUGAAUUUCUUCGAUAUUUAACUAAAUUUACACUUCAAAACUGCUUGUAUCACAACCUGGAAAAUGUAACCAAUACAAUAGUGUAAAAUGAUUUUGGAUUGAUACUUGGAAUUGAGUGAAAUAUCGAGAAAAGUUGCAGCAAAAUUCAAAAUUCCAAGACGGAAGUUGUGGUUUUAACAAAUCAGGUCAAGCCAUUUAAAUUUGAAUUUUACAAAAUAAACAUGGAUUACUUUGCGAAUGGAGGGACCAACGAAGGAUUUUCGUUACAGGACAUGAUUGAGAGGGAUAUAGGAAAUAGUAUGAGCGAUCCGAGUGACCAGCACACCUUGAACAGCAUUGAUUUGAAUGGAUUUGAUACAAACAGCCAAAAUCAGAUGCAAAACAGUGAAGCAAUGACUUUCAAAAUUGAAGAUGAAAGUUACGAUACAACUCUCGAUAAUGAUCAAAAUAUGUCUUCAUUAAACAACCUUAGUUGGCUGUGUGAUUCAAAUGUCACAGUCGAUGCGCAAAAUUCGUCCAGACAGAAUAGAUCUAGUAAUGUUACUGUUGAAAAUAACAAUCCAAAUUUAUUAGUUGAUCCAUCAACUGGAAUGCCAAUUCAGCAGCAGCAGCAGCAGGUGAUUCAGAUACCUUUAUCACAGCCAGUUCAGAUUAUAAAUUCUGAUGGGAGUCGGCAGACAGUUGCAUACACACUUCCAUCAAAUGCAGGUUUGCAACAGACGUUACUGAGUUCGAACAACCAACGGCAAAAUGCCACACCCGUAUUGCAUUGCAACGCAGUGAACAUGCAGCAACAGUACCCAAAUAAUAUAACCCAACAUGUUACCCAUGUGUCCAAGCCUUCACCCCCAAUUACAACUGUGACGAGAGAGGAGAAGCAGUACCCUAAGCCCGUUUAUUCAUAUAGUUGUCUUAUAGCCUUGGCCUUGAAGAACAGCUCUACAGGGUAUCUACCUGUAGCAGAUAUAUCAUUUUAUGAUCUUCCACUUCCCAUACUUCAAAACUGCCCCUGA